AUGGAAGUCCUUGCACCGCUUGCAAGAGAGCAAGGAUUGAAUGCAGUCCUUAGUUCCUUUCUCCCACAACAUGCACAACCUUUACUUGCCCCCAAGACGAGCUUUGGGCAGGAUUCAACCUCAAACGAACGAUUAGACGAGGUGGUUGGUCCUCUCAGCGCAGAAAGUCAUACACGUUCGCCAGUAUCGUCACAGCACCUCCCAACAGCCAAAGGACAACCAGACGAAAAUCUUUCGCGAUUCUUCGACCACGCCGUGGUGUCAUCAGACUGGCAUCUCUUCGACCAGAAUGGUGUCAUGCGAAUCGCUUACAUUGGCACCGAUACUGCAAACAUGAAUAACCUUAUGCGGACCCAUGAAAUGCGAGUCCAUGACACCCAUCGGCCUCAGUACUUGCACUAUCCCAUCCCUUCAUUUCACUCUCCGCUACCUUGGAAACCUACCGCGGACCUGCUCAUCCGCGACUCCUUGGUCGAAACUUACUUCACCGAGAUCCAUCCCGGUAUCCCCAUCAUCGAUGAAGCAGAUUUCCGCCGACGCUAUGCUGAUCCCGAAAACCCACCACCCUUACUCCUCUUCCAUGCAGUUCUCCUCGCGGCAGCCCGAGUCAGCGACUGCCCGAUGUUGGUAAGGUCUCGGGCCACUGCUACAGCAACCCUGUAUCGCCGUGCCCGGGCGCUCUUCAACCUGAGAUACGAGAACGAUCGUCUGCUCCUGGUUCAGUCGUCCAUGCUCAUGGCAUGGCACACUGAGAACUCGGACACGGUUGGAUGCAAUGGCUACUAUUGGAUUGGCAACGCUGUGCGGGUUGCGUUGGGUCUAGGCAUGCACCGCAAAGCGGCGACCAUAUACCUGCCAACAUACGAAAGGCGAACCCAUCGAGUCUUCCACAAGGUGUGGUGGCUUCUGGUCUAUGCCGAAGUAUUUCUUGCCUUGGAGUAUGGUCGACCGUGCAUGAUCCGUCGCCAGGACUUUGACGUCGACGGUCUCGAGGAAGCGGAUUUCAUGAACACGGACGAUAGCGAUGACAUGCUUGUGAACCGCGAGUUCUGCUGUACAACAUCUGAGCUGUGCCUUCUAGCAUUGGACAUUCUAGACCUUCACGCUCCGCUGUCCAGGACGAGAGACGACGAGGCUGCUAUUAUCGAAAUCGACUAA